CUUGUCGAGCCGGACUGCCGUUGUAGGCCUCAUCGAUUAGCUAGCCAACAAGCCGGUCAGCAACCGCCUCAUUAGAAUGACUUCACGUAGUAUAACGAAUUACAUCUUUCAUCCGAGUCAUUCCCUCGCACCACCAUGAUUGUGCAGCAGAAUGACGAGGAGACACCUCUUCUGCAACGGCCAAGACACCUCUUCCGUGGGAUCAAAUUUGGAUUCUACAGCUCUUGGAGAUGCCAAAAAUUCCUUCUGCUCGGACCCUUGCCCCGUUUAUUCCUCAAAGACAUUGGAGUCACUCACGGAGACGAAACCCAGGUUGGACACUACGCCGGCAUCCUCCAAUCAUCAUACUAUGCAGCUCAUACCCUGACUAUUUUUUAUUGGAGUCAACUGUCCGACCACAUCGGGCGGAAGCCUGUAAUACUGAUAGCUCUAUUAGCAAUCUCUAUAUCGAUGUUUUCGUUUGGGCUGUCGAAGACCUUCUUCGCUCUGGUGGUCAGAACUCCUUAAAACCUACCCGUAUCUCCUGCCGUGCUCUAUUUCAGCAUUGUUUAUAUGGACAAUUUGGCUAGUCACGUAUAUCCGUCUUAAAGAGCGUUUCUACCAAGACACCGCUUUGGGAGCUC